AGAGGGGGAAUCCCAGCUCAAAGUUACAGUAACUCUGAGGGAGCUUUCUAGAGAAAGGAGUGGCUCCAUUCCAUAUCUGCCUGUUGUGUUUUUAGUUUCACCUGGAGGACAAUGGCUUCCCGUUUAGAGGAGGAUUUCUGCUGUCCCGCCUGCCACGACUUCUUCAGAGAUCCUGUCCUCCUGUCAUGCAGCCACAGCUUCUGUAAAGCCUGUCUGCAGAGAUGGUGGAGCGCCAAACUGUCCCAAGAGUGUCCAGUUUGUCGGACAGUGUCUCAAUGCAGCGAUCCACCCCGUAACCUGGCGUUGAGGAACCUGUGCGAGGCCUUUUUGCGAGAGAAAGGGAGUCAGGGAGUCUCAUCGGGGUCAGUGACUCUCUGCCCUCUGCACUCUGAGAAGUUCAGACUCUUCUGUCUGGACCAUCAGCAGCCGGUGUGCCUCGUCUGCCGAGACGCAAAGAUACACACCGACCACAGGUUCAGACCCAUCGACGAAGCGGCCCAGGAUCGCAGAGAGGAGCUCCGGAAAGCCCUGAAGGCUUCACAGGACCAGCUUAAGGUUUUUAACGACGUCAAGGUGAACUUGGACCAAACAGCGGAACACUUAAAGGUCCAGUCUCGACACACAGAGAGGCAGAUUCAGGAAGAGUUCAGGAAGCUUCAUCGGUUUCUAGAGGAGGACGAGGAGGCCCGGUUGGCUGCGCUGAGGGAGGAAGAGGAGCAGAAGAGUCGGAGGAUAAAGGAGAAGAUGGAGGCUGUGAGCAGAGAGAUAGCGGCUCUUUCAGACUCAGUCAGAGCCACGGAGGAGCAGCUGAGAGCUGAAGACGUCUCGUUCCUGAUCAACUACAAGGCCGCGGCUGCAAGAGUCCGGCAGCGGCCCCAGCUGGAGGAUCCACAGCUGCUCUCGGGAGCUCUGAUAGAUGUUGUGAAACAUCUGGGCAAUCUAACCUUCCACAUCUGGAACAAGAUGAAAGGCGUGGUGCCCUACAGUCCUGUGAUUCUGGACCCAAACACUGCCUAUCCUGAACUCAUUCUGUCUGGGGAUCUGACCAGCGUGAGACGUGGAAAGAUACAGCGGCUUCCUGAAAACCCAGAAAGGUUUGAGUACUGGGACUCCGUCCUGGGCUCCGGAUUUAACUCGGGGACUCACAGCUGGGACGUCGAGGUCGGGGACAACAAAGAAUGGGAACUGGGGGUGUUAGCCGAGUCUGUUGGUAGGAAAGGAUUCGUGGGGUCCACAGCCUGGAGUGUAGACUUCAGUGAUGCCGGGUACAGAGCGUACUCGCCGACGGAUAAAUACACCGAUCUCCCAGUCAGGGGGAAGCUCCGGAGGAUCAGAGUCCAUCUGGACCGGGACCAAGGGAGGCUGUCAUUCUCUGAUCCCGACACUCACACACACAUACACACCUUCACACACACUUUCACUGAGAAAGUGUGCCCAUACCUUUGCACCAGGAAUGAACUCCCUCUCAAAAUAUUGCCUGCAGAGAUCUCUGUAAUAAUAAAAAGUUAGAAAUCUGUUUACUUUUCAACCUGUAAGAUUCAACAGUCAUGCAUUAAACCUUAAACCUUAAACCU